ACAUCAUUUUGCUCUGUUCUAAAAGAAUAAUAUAUCAUUUGGCUAUAUCAAGCAAAUUUUAAAAUAAUAUAACAUUUGACUAUUGUCUGUAGACCGCUAGUUCUCUUCAUGCUCGAAAUAUCUGGUGGUAUGAAAAUGAGAACAUUAUAUAACAAUAAUUUUUAAUUAAUUAUUAAUGCAGGAAUCAGUAGGGAUGAGUAAAUAAUAAGGAAAACUCUCUCUUUUUUUUAAUGAAAAAUAGUAGCUCUAAAACUAAGGAUUUGGUAGGGUUUUAAAGCGCUACAGGAGGCGAACCCAAGGUGAAGACAGAAGGGAAAGCCGAACAACCCGACAAACAAAAAAUGGACACGGAUCAAAACCGUGCAGAACAUAAAAACCAUGAUCCUCCUUCAUCCGUCGCCUACCUUGAUCCUAACUACUGGAACCAGCGUUUCUCUAAUGAGGAACACUAUGAGUGGUUCAAAGAUUACUCUCAUUUUCGCCAUCUCAUUCAAGCCCACAUCAAACCCAAUUCCUCGGUGUUGGAACUGGGCUGUGGGAACUCACAGUUGUGUGAAGAGCUCUACAAGGAUGGGAUCACUGAGAUAACAUGUAUUGAUUUGUCAUCUGUUGCGGUCGAGAGGAUGAAGGAAAGGUUAUUGUCUAAGGGAAACAAAGAAAUAAAAGUGCUGGAAGCAGACAUGCUAGACCUCCCCUUUCACAGCGAGUGUUUUGAUGUGGUUAUUGAGAAAGGAACCAUGGAUGUACUGUUUGUGGACAGUGGUGACCCAUGGAAUCCACAGCCUGGAACAGUAUCCAAGGUCAUGGCAAUGCUUGAAGGUGUUCAUAAGGUUUUGAAGCCCGAUGGGAUUUUCAUAUCAAUUACUUUUGGCCAGCCACACUUCAGGCGGCCUUUCUUUCUUAAUCCCAAAUUUACAUGGUCUGUUGAAUGGAGUACUUUUGGAGAUGGUUUUCACUAUUUUUUCUAUAUCUUGAGGAAGGGAAGGAGGUCUUUAAAUGGUGGGGAGUCCACUGAAAAGAUUGAGAUGCCGACAAUUUGUUUGUAUCAGGAAGAAUUAGAGGGUGAAGAUUAUAUUUUUCGAACAAAUAUUGAUGAGAUAGAUUGUUAGAAUCAGUGUAACUCUUUUCUUUAUAGAUUUCCUGCUGUAAACGUUGCUAAUGAAGCUGCAGAAGGCAACAUAUACCUUGAAUGCUAUUCAAUCAGUGCAAUGUCAAAUAUGAAUCUGAGAAGAUUUUAAGCCAUCUUGAACUGUUGCUGCACCUGUGAGUCCAAGUAGCACUACAAUCUUUCAAAGCUCAUGGACUUCAAACCUUCUUGUUCAACCAAUGUUUCUAAUGUAACGGAAAAUAGUUAUGGUUAGAUGUUUCAACUUCUGCCUUCUCUGUGGAUAACUGGAUGUGCUCGAGUUAUAAUGCAAGGGUCCAUGGAAAUGACAAGGAUUUGCUGAAGGCGUCCUCUGACAGUACUAGUAUUACUGCCAGGACAAGGGUGUCGAAAACCUUGCAAUAGAAUGCUCCCUACUUCUUGAUCUCCUAAGUAGACAUGGUUGGGAAGUUUUGUACCAUCUGUUUGUACUUUGCAGUUAAGUCCUCUAGGGUCCAUUUGUAUUGCAUAACAUUAUAAACUGUGUUGUUAUAUCUCCAAACAAAAAUAUCUGCAAUUCCAUGAAAUUCUGUAA